UCCUUCUGCGGGAAGCGAGCCUCCUAAGGGCCGCCUACCCUCGCCCCAGGUUCGGGUCACCGCCGGGCGAGGGGCUGGACUGAGUAGGCGCCAGGCGAGGCUUGGCGCAGCCCAUUGAGAACCCGUGCCUCUACCUGUGACCGCAGGAGUCCUCCCGGCUGGGCCUCCUGGGGGACAAGUGGCAAAUACAAACUGCAACCGGGUCCAAGCCGGGCCAGAGAUGUAGAACUUAGGGAAGCCCCACUAGGACAGAGGAGCGGGGCUGCCCAGCGGCCUCCGGGGUCCCGAGUUGGGUGACAGGGAGUGCAGUCAGACCUAGGCUCGGGGAGUAAAAGGUUAAGGCAGAAGCCACCCCCAGCCUUCCCCUGGGUCUCCGGUUUCCUCUGCCCUUUCUCCAAAAAUCAAUUCACCCAGAUGGCAGAGUCGCAGGUCGGACCUGCGGGGGACGCGGCCGCUGUCCGCGGUGCUGACUCCCCGGUCCGCGCCGCGCCCGGGCGCCGGCAGUGCUCCUGGCUCCCGCCCCGGAGCUCCGCGAGACGGCCAUUUUAUGGUUUCUCCCGCACCCGGAGGGUUGGACAAUGGAGACAGACCUCCCCAGUUUUCUUACGCCCUCACAGGUCACAGUUUGCGCUGAAGUUUCUAGAUCCGUCAUUUGUGCCCAUUACGAAUUCUCUGACCCAUGAACUCCAAGAGAAACCUUCUAAGUGGACAUUUAAUCGGACAGCGUUUUUACAUCAAAGGCAAGAAAUUCUUCAGCAUGUCGAUGUAAUAAAAAAUUUUUCUUUGACCAAGAAUAGUGUUCGGAUCGGACAACUGAUGCACUAUGAUUAUUCCAGCCAUAAAUAUGUUUUCUCUAUUAGCAAUAACUUCCGAUCACUACUUCCAGAUGUGUCUCCCAUUCUGAAUAAGCAUUAUAAUAUUUGUGCUGUGGUUGGAAAUAGUGGGAUCCUGACAGGGAGCCGGUGUGGACAAGAAAUAGAUAAGUCAGAUUUUGUUUUCCGUUGCAAUUUUGCCCCUACGGAGGCUUUCCAAAGAGAUGUUGGAAGGAAAACCAACCUGACCACCUUCAACCCCAGCAUCCUGGAAAAAUAUUACAACAAUCUUUUGACCAUUCAGGACCGUAACAACUUUUUCCUCAGUUUAAAAAAACUUGAGGGGGCUAUUCUUUGGAUCCCUGCAUUUUUCUUCCAUACUUCUGCAACUGUUACCAGGACAUUAGUUGACUUUUUUGUUGAACACAGAGGUCAGUUAAAAGUCCAGUUGGCGUGGCCUGGAAAUAUAAUGCAACAUGUCAACAGGUACUGGAAAAACAAACAUUUGUCACCCAAACGGCUGAGCACAGGUAUUCUUAUGUACACCCUUGCAUCAGCAAUAUGUGAAGAGAUCCACUUGUAUGGAUUUUGGCCUUUUGGAUUUGACCCCAACACGAGGGAAGAUCUUCCAUACCAUUACUAUGACAAAAAAGGAACCAAAUUUACCACCAAGUGGCAGGAGUCCCACCAGCUGCCUGCUGAGUUUCAGCUGCUGUACCGAAUGCAUGGGGAAGGGCUCACCAAGCUGACUCUGUCACACUGUGCCUAAGAACUCCAAACAGAAAGUGCCAAUCGGCUGUUUAAAAAGUGCCCCAACUCACAAUGAAUAGUCUUCAGAAUCAAACCCUAGAGAAUUUCUUAUAAGGAUCGUGUGCCGUUUAAAAGGAAAGAUGUCUUCCCUCCCUUUUUUGCACUGUUGUUUUGAGUGUCUCAGCAGGACAAACGCACUGAAGCCACAUGAUUUCAACUUGAUUGAUAAAGGAAAUGUUACAUUUGGAACUAUGUUGCUAACAGAAUGGUUUCAAGUAUUUUCAUCUUUGUAUUUUGAUAAUAAACUGCCUCCCAUUUUUUAGAGGACUAGAGCUGUAGUUUCUACAGCUUUGCUUAGACACAGUCCUCAUAAUCAGAGGCCUCAGGCCAAUUUGGGCAGGAUUUCAGUUUUUGGGUGGGAUAAGACUCUCCAGAAUAGAAACAUAAAGAACUGAUUUGCAUCUCCUCUCUAUCUCCGACCAUAUCCCUUGCCCCACCACUGUGGAGUUUAAUAAUUUGCUAGGAAUCAUAUUGAAUUAGCUUUGCUUGUAUCUGUUGCAUUUGUACUAGAUGUGUUCAAGGUUCUG